AAGCUACAAUCACAUAUUUUAUCAAUAGUACAUUUGUAUAGAAAGCUGUCUUUAUUGGAUUGUUUUAGGUGAGUAGGUCAAAGCAGAUGGAGGCCACCAGAUUGUCCGCUGCUGUCCAGAGUGUCACUGUGCCAUAUGUCCUCAAAGACGCUGGUUUUAUUACCUCCUCAUUGUCAAUGCAUCUAUAGAGAACGUAAUUUAGGAGAGAGCUAAGGGGAGGGAAUAACUUAACAACUUUACAAUAAAACAGCUGCCUUUAUUUCAGAACCACACAAAACAAAUCUAGGACCAACAGUUAUCAGAUAGUUAUCAGAAAGGAUUGGUUCACUGUUUUUCAGCUCACUCAGACAAUAUUAAUAAUAAGUCUACCAUCAUGUCCAAUGGGGCAUUCAGCAAAAAUCAGAAAAGUUGAUAUAUCAUGAUUUUUAAAGCCCUAAUAGAUUGCUUAACUAGACUGUGUAAUAUGGGACAUAUUAUGGAAGACUCACUUUUUUCGGUGCUUGUGCACAUACCUAUGUCUCGUACAGGCUCAUUAGGAUAUACUGGCCCCCAUCUGAGUAUCUCCACCCAUGGCUUAGAACUACCUUUGCAAAGGUGCUCCAUAUUUUUCUCACAAGCCAAUCAGAGCAGACUGGGCUUUUUCAGGAGGAUGGCUUAAAGACACUAAAACGGAGCGUUUCAGACAGAGGGUGAACACAGGUACGCUAUAUUCAAACAGACAGUAGGAGAAAAAUAAUGUGUUUUUAAAAAAAAAUUAAAGUAUGUAAACAUGUUCUUGUAGAAACCCAACAUACAAGUAUGCACAUGAACAUUUGCAUUAUUAUAUCCCCUUUAAAACACAGCAUGAAUAUGUGGCAGAAUGGGGAAUUUCUGGUGGAGUUGUGAUAUGGUUAGUUAUAUAUGGAAACUACAUUUUAAUGUGAAUAUGUACACACAUAUCAGCAAUAACAUUGGGUGAAAGUGUUUCAUUUAGGAUCAUUUGAGCAGCUCUCCUCUGGGGGUGGGCUGGCCAUUUAGACAUCUUUGUGAGGUUUUAUUGUCAGGGAGGAGCAAAUGGAAACGCUGAGGUCAAAAGAGCUGUUAGCAGAAUCAGAUCUCUCGAGGCAGAAGAAAGGACAGAGGAGAGCUAAGUAAAUUCUGACAUAUAACUCCAGAAAUUAUUUUAAGAUUUUGGCAAUGACAAAAAUCUAAUAAAGUUCACUGGAACCUUGGAGAUGACCUGGGGAAGCACAGCAAGUACUGACACAUUCUGCAGCCAGGAGGACAGUAGCUCAGAGCUGGAACCGUAUUUUACUGCAUAUACGUCUUUCUUUCACAAGGUAAGAAGAUCAGCGGACGAACAGAUCGAUUGGGGUAACCGGGCGUUGACUGUUAGUGAGAUUCAACAGAAGGUUAAGGAGUAUAAUGCACAGAUCAACAGCAAUCUCUACAUGAUGGUUAAUAAAGACGGGUCCUACACUGGUUUCAUCAAGGUUCACUUUCAGUUAGUCCGUCCAAUCUCCCUCCCUCCCUCUCAGAGCCUGUGCUCAACACAGGAGGAAGAUCAGCAGGGCAGAGGGAUGAAACGGCGGACAUCUUUCUACCUCCCCAAAGAUGCUGCCAAGCACCUGCAUAUUAGCUCCCAAACACGUGUGCGAGAAGUCAUCGAGGCAUUGCUUAACAAGUUCACCGUGGUGGACAACCCGGCCAAGUUUGCCCUGUUUGAACGUGCUGAGAGACAAAGUCAAGUGUACAUGCGUAAACUGCCUGAUGAUGAGUGCCCUCUCUACCUGCGCUUGUGUGCUGGCCCCAGUGAAAAAGUCUUGAGUCUGGUUUUGAAAGAGAAUGAGACAGGGGAAGUGAAUUGGGACGCGUUUAGUUUUCCUGAGUUGUGCAACUUUUUGCGAAUCCUGAAGCGUGAGGAAGAAGAGCAUGUGCGGCAGAUUGUGAAGCGCUACGCUCUUGCUAGAGACACGAUGAAGCAGGCCAUGGCAAGGAUUACUACUCCUGGUUGACUUUAAGCGAUUCAACUGAUCUUCGUAUUUUAAUAUGAUGAAGAAACUUCUGCCACUUUGAAUACUAUUGUUGAUUAGCAAUGUAAAAGGGAAGGAAAGAGCUCAGACAAUGACACUGACAAGGCUUACUGUAGGCCCUGUUCAUUUUGUGCAAGUAGAGCCACUGUUGGGAGAAGUAAUAGAUUAUCUUGGAUUUAAUUGGAUGCAGUUCUUUCUUUUAAAAAACGAUGCUGCUUGACUGGAUUAUUUAUAGUGGUAAUAACUUUUAGUCUUUCUGGGCAUUUAUCAUAUUUAGUUUCAUUUAUAUUCUGUGAAGCUGUUUGAAAAAUGUUGGCACUUUAAUGAACCUGUAAAUUGGAUUUUCGGCAAGUUAAAUGUGAAACAAUGUGUUUACAUUCUAACUAUUUAAUAAAGUGAUGAUAGUGGUCA